AUGAUUAUCUUUCGAAUCCUCUUGACCAGCAUGCUACUCAUAAUGGAAAUUUUAUGUGAACAUCUCGUGGAAUUUGUUUCGAACUACCAAACCAAUAUGCAGAUAAACUAUUCAUUUCGAUACUACAUUGACCACCCACAGUCAGGCGUUGCGCUUGAUCAUUGGGAAGAUCGUCGAGGGGACUAUGUACACGGUGGCUACGGCGUUCUGGAUCCGGGAGGAUAUGUCCGAACCGUGCAUUACGAAGUGGACGGUGACAGUGGCUUUCGAACGGUUAUAAAAACAAGUGCUCCCGGCAGUACAUCACAGUACAACAUCCACAGUGCCAAAAAGUCACAACCUUCGCAACCGCUGUGGUACGCUCAACCGGUUGCGUUCGUGCAAGGUGGCAAUAAAUCCUAG